GGCAGGGCCGAGCCGCGGGCGCGCGCAGGCAGCCGCCGCCGCCGCCGCCAUGGGCUGCACCGUGAGCGCCGAGGACAAGGCGGCCGCCGAGCGCUCCCGCAUGAUCGACAAGAACCUGCGGGAGGAUGGCGAGAAGGCGGCGCGGGAGGUGAAGCUGCUGCUGCUGGGUGCUGGUGAGUCUGGGAAGAGCACCAUCGUCAAACAGAUGAAGAUCAUCCAUGAGGAUGGCUACUCAGAAGAGGAGUGCCGGCAGUACAAAGCUGUGGUCUACAGCAACACCAUCCAGUCCAUCAUGGCCAUCAUCAAGGCAAUGGGGAACUUGCAGAUUGACUUUGGAGACUCCUCCAGAGUGGAUGAUGCUCGGCAGCUGUUUGCGCUCUCCUGCACCGCUGAGGAGCAGGGCAUCAUGCCAGAGGACCUGGCCAACGUGAUCCGGAGGCUGUGGUCUGACAAUGGGGUCCAGGCUUGUUUUAACCGCUCUCGAGAGUACCAGCUGAAUGACUCUGCUGCCUACUACUUGAACGACCUGGAGAGGAUAGCGUGUGCAGACUACAUCCCCACGCAGCAGGAUGUGCUGCGCACCAGGGUGAAGACCACUGGCAUCGUAGAGACCCACUUCACCUUCAAGGAUCUGCACUUCAAGAUGUUUGAUGUGGGUGGCCAGCGCUCAGAGCGGAAGAAGUGGAUCCACUGCUUUGAGGGUGUGACUGCCAUCAUUUUCUGUGUGGCCCUGAGUGCCUAUGACCUGGUGCUAGCUGAAGAUGAGGAGAUGAACCGGAUGCAUGAGAGCAUGAAGCUGUUUGACAGCAUCUGCAACAACAAGUGGUUCACAGAUACAUCCAUCAUCCUCUUUCUCAACAAGAAGGAUCUCUUCGAGGAGAAGAUUGUGCACAGCCCCUUGACCAUCUGCUUCCCUGAGUACACAGGGGCCAACAAGUACGAUGAGGCAGCUGGCUACAUUCAGAGCAAGUUCGAGGACCUGAACAAGCGGAAGGACACCAAGGAGAUCUACACCCACUUCACCUGUGCCACCGACACCAAGAACGUGCAGUUCGUCUUCGACGCGGUCACUGAUGUCAUCAUCAAAAACAACCUGAAGGAUUGCGGGCUCUUCUGAGCGCCGGCGCUGCCCAGGACCCCUGGCUGCACCAGUGAAGGAAGGACCGUGCUGCCCCCUCCUCCUGCUUCUCUUCGGAUUCAUCCCUCUGCCCCUACCCCAUCAAGAGACUUUCUGGGUGUCAGUGUGGUGGCAGGACGCAUGUCUCCCCUGCCAUCUGCACUUGCCCUCCACCAUCCUCCUCCUCCUCCUCGCCGGCGUUGCCCUUCCCGGGGAAAACGACGUUUUAAUCUUGGUUUGCGACCCCGAACUGCUCCAGCCCCCCCAGUCCAUUCGCUCCCGCGCCCAGGCGCUCUCACUGUUUACAUUGCAAGUGUUGCUGGCGCAGGGUGGGACACAGAUCUCCUUGGGAAUGCCCACCUGGCCGAAAACACAACCGAUGACAUUCCUGUUAGUAAACCAGACAAGAAAAAAACCCAACCCACUCUAAAAGCAUGCAAAAAAACCUCACACCACACCGGCUGGGGCCAGGUUGCUUUUUAAAGAAACCUUUUUACCAAACUAUUUAAAAGUGUCAAGUGCUACGUGGUGGCAGUGUCCUCCAUGGCCAGCCCACCCCCCAACCGUGUGCCUUGGGGGGGGUCCGUGCCCCACUUUGCCUUGCAGCCCCCCACCUCACUGCCCUAAGGGACGGGCAGCAGCUGGGCAGGGGGGCAGGCAGGGGGGGUGCUGCCAGCUGGCUGCACCUCCACCCCCCCUCUUUCUAAGCCUAGUUUUUAGGGCUAGCUGUUGCAUUGGGUGAGGAGAGCCUGCUGUACAGAGCGGCCCCUGCUGUUCCCCCCAGCCCGGGGGGGUCCCCUCAGCCGGUGCCCACGGCCUUGCUUUUCCCACAGGAUGUUUUACCGAAUUCUUCACAUGGUUUGAAAUAAUAAAAUGUAGAAAGAAAAAAAAAAAGUGGAAAAAAUAUAUACUGACCUUUCCUCCCCACUGUGACCCAGAGGUGGGUGGAGCUGUGUCACCCCUCCAGAGGGCGGGGAGGGGGUUUGCAUCUUGGGAUGGGGCAGGGCAUAGAAUGGUUGAUAACCAGCCCGAAGGCUCGUCAGCAUCACCUGGGUGCCAAGGCAAGGGCAGUGGCAGGACCAUCAUGAUGGAGCUGGCGUGUUCCUGAGGGGUUGAGCCACCCCUGAUCUGCUGACUCAGCAGCUGGGGAUGGGGCAUGACUACCCACUGGCCCUGCAGCAUGGGAAUGGUGGUGCAUAGGGACCCC